CCUGCUGUCAGACGAGAGGCAGUCGUGGUGUGCUUCUCAUACCCUCACACUCACACACACAUUACAGACACAGCACACACUCCAGAAUAAGGUAAGAACUAUUCACAGUCAUCGGCGCUCUACCAACCAACGUCACAAGAUCUGUGUUUUUUCAUUCCAUGGCGUAUUUGGGACAAAUUCAGCUGUAUUUAGGCCUACUUAGUGUGGGCAAAGGUAAUAUGGGUGUCCAGACCAGUUGUGUGAUCGUGUCCAUGAUCUUGAGCAUGAGUGCUGUGAAGGCCGAAGGGGUGUGUCCAUCUCCAUGUUCCUGCGGCAGAGGCGUGGUCGACUGCAGUGGGCGUGGCCUCACCACCUCCAGCAUGCCGGCGUCCUUCCCCACGGGCACUACUGAGCUUCGGCUCCAUGGCAACCAUCUGACGGCGCUGCACUCUGGAGUUCUGGACGCGCUAUCUAGUCUGAGAAGCGUCUCAUUGCAUGGCAACCCCUGGUCAUGUGACUGUGGCAUCCUCUACCUGCGUGGAUGGCUUCUCAAUCAGAAGAACGACCGCUUAAAAAGGAACGUGAGCUGUAGUUCUCCCCCAAACCUGCAGGGGGUGCUGGUGGUGAAUCUGGUGGAAGAGGACGUACUUUCUUCUUGCCGCUACUGGAUCUGUGACUUAGCCCUGGCAUCCCAGAUAAGCCUUGUUGUCUUCAUCAUCAUCCAGGCUAUUCUGUUGGCCUCUGUGAUUUUCUUCCUCCGGCGUUUUGACCGCAUGUCCAAAGAAGCCCGACGGACUACAGAGGAAAGCAUCGCUGGGGGCGACAAUGUCUCCGGUGGCAAUGAAUACGCCAAGGACAGGAGCACCUGACAGGCAGUGGCGACUCCUAGUGGACGCCAGGGGAGGCCAGGCCUCCUCGGGAUAAAAUGACUUGAGAUGUGAAAAUCUCCAUAACAACAACAUGUAAAA